UUCUUUGUAUCAACUUAAGUAACGUUUACAAAUUUAACUGAUCACUUCAGAGUUAAUAUUAGAGGCUAGUUUAAAAAGAUAAAAAGUUUUAUAUUGAACAAAGAAUAAAUUGUUAUAUUAAUAAUGUUUAUAGAAAUAUUGUGAAUGUUAAUUACGUUAUCAAGUAUAGAUAAUAAUCGUUACAUGAGUAUACACCACAUUUGCAAAGAGCCGAAGUGACAAGUUUUCGCGCGUAGAAUAUUAGACAUAUGAAUUAUUGUGUAUAACGAUAUAAUUAAUAAAACGCGUAAUUAAUGCAAGAUUAAAAUGAGCUUAGUGCGCUCUAUUACGAGGCGUCAAGAGGGCUUUGAAUUUAUACGUGAUUAUGAUAUAGCUUUAUAUCGUUUAAAAUGCUAUCAUAAUGAUGUAUAUCGUGGAAUAUCGCCAAAUACAAAUGCUCCAGAUUAUAAUCCAGAACCACCAGUUUUUGCUUGUCGUUUUUGUACUAAGGAAAGCAAUGAACAAAUACUUGCCUUAGCAAAUGAAGAUGGAAAAAUAGCUUUACAAGAUAUAAGUAAUAAGGGAAACCAUAAUAAGCUAUUAGAAGGAACUCAGGCACAUUUUAAUGCAAUUUUUGAUAUUGCAUGGAUGCCUGGUGAAUUAAAAUUAGUAACAGCAUCGGGAGAUCACACUGCAAAAUUAUGGGAUGUAUCCAGAUCCGAAAUUAAACAAAUAGAAUAUUUUCAUGCUCAUACACGUAGUGUAAAAACAGCAGUAUUUCGUCAUCAAGAUAAAGCUGUCUUUGCCACAGGAGCUCGUGAUGGAAGUAUAAUGAUUUGGGAUAUAAGAGCAAAUCAUAGUGAUCAGGCUAAAGCAGAUAAUUGUAUAUCUAAUGCACAUAAUAGCUUAUCUUCAAAUAAUAAUAGACAUCGUAAAACUCUCAAUCAUACAUCUUGCACACAAAGUAUUACCAGUCUAGCUUUCCAGGAUGAUUUCUCAUUACUAUCAUGUGCUGCUGGGGAUGGGGUAAUUAAAGUCUGGGAUUUAAGAAAAAAUUAUACCGUUCACAAAAAAGAUCCAUUGGCUAAACAUACAAUGAAUUAUGCAGGAAGUAGUACAAGAAACGGAUUUUCUUCAUUGUUAGUAUGUCCAGCUAGAAUUACGUUGUAUGCCAGUUGUAUGGACAAUAUCAUAUAUGCAUAUAAUAUAUCUUCUUAUAAUCCAAAACCAGUUGCAGAGUUUUAUGGACAUCAAAAUCGUACCUAUUAUGUAAAAACGUGUUUAAGUCCUGAUGGAAGAUACUUGGCUAGUGGUUCUAGUGAUGAGCUUGCAUAUAUUUGGCAUAUUAAACGAUCUGGUGGGCCAAUAAUUAAACUUUCUGGUCAUACAGAAGAAGUUACUUGCAUUGCAUGGUGCACUGUUGGGGAAACCAAGAUAGUGACGUGUUCGGAUGAUUCGUGCCAUAGAAUAUGGAGAAUUGGACUUGAGCAUAAGAUAGACAAUGAAGAAUUAGAGAUAAGAGGUAAAGCAGAAAUUGUUUUCAGUGCAAAAUCCAUAGAAAAUAUGAAAAUGGAAACAACACCAACUACUUUCCGGCGGUAUACUUUAACGCAAGAACAUACACCUAGGUCUAAUAGAACACCAAAUAGUACACCAGGAUCUAAUGAUGUAGACAAUAAAUUGGGAGAUUUGUAUAAACAAAGUAGUAGUAAUAGUUUUAAGAGAACUUAUUCACAAAUGAGAAUUGGGCAAUCAUACUCUGAUGGAAAAUUUCAAACAAUUUUAUCUCCUAUUCAAGAAAAUUUAGAAACGAUAAUAAAACGCGCACAUAUAGAAAAUCGUGGUGCUAGAAGGCUUUUCAGUCAAAGUACUGAUACAACUACUAUACGCGAUAAGAGUUAUGACUUUGAUAAACCAAGCACAAGUUCACAUGUUCCAGAAUUUAAAAAUAAUACCUUAGAAGGAAAUAAUACAUCAAUUCCUUUUUCACCUACAUCAAACCUGCCAAAUUUUGUGAUAGAUGGUACAGCACCUCACCUACUUCAAAUGUCUCCUGAGAAAUACAAAGAAAAUGUUGACUGGUUAACAAAAAUACGAGAGAAAUAUAAAGAGCAGAAGACUAAAAUAUCCUCAGAAAAACUGCCUAGUCCUAAACCAAGUAUACCUGUACGUAGAAAUAGUAGAUCCAAAUCAAUGGAACCACUAAAAGGAUGUAAAACUUCUACAUCUCUUGCUCCAUCUUUACUCGAUUUCUUUAAAAUUAGUAAUAAGGAUUGUGAUAAAAAUAUUUGUUCGGAAAACUCAAAUACUCUUUCUUUGCCAUCUAUAUCAUGAAAGUAAUAGCAUAGUGUAAUAUUAAAUAGUAACGAUUUGUGUCCAUUGUCAUGUAACAAACGACUGACACAUCAUCUUUGAAAUAUGAUCAAAGAUACAUGAAAAGAAAUUAAGCGCGCUUAGUAUUGUUUUUAAUACUGUACCUUAUAAAGCAGUAUUCCCCUUGAAGUUUGUAUUGAAUCUAAGUAAUUAAUUUAAGGUACUCUUGGUCUAAUGUAAUUACCAUUUUUAUAAAUAUCUAUAGGAAUAGUUUUGAUACUUGAUUAUUUCAAAUGAAAAGAUAUUAAUGCUAUAAAUGAACUAUUUUUUACAUAUAGUAAUAAAUAAUUUUAUAAAAUAUUUAUUAUAGAGAAAGAAGAAAUAUGAUGUGCCUUAUAAAAGGAUGGAAAAAAAGAAUUU